GCAACAUGGCGGCCCCCAGGAAAGCAGAGAGCGGCCAGGUGGCUCCGGCGUCCAAGGACCGGAGCAAAAAGAAAGCAGUAGAUGAGUCAGAACUUCUCACUGUUCCUGAUGGAUGGAAAGAACCAGCCUUUACAAGAGAAGAUAAUCCUAGAGGGCUUCUGGAAGAAAGCAGCUUUGCAACUCUGUUUCCGAAAUACAGAGAAGCUUACUUGAAGGAGUGUUGGCCAUUGGUGCAGAAAGCCUUGAAUGAACAUCAUGUGAAUGCGACGUUGGACUUAAUUGAAGGUAGUAUAACUGUCACCACAACUAAGAAGACUUUUGAUCCAUAUGUGAUCAUCAGGGCAAGAGACUUAAUAAAGCUUUUAGCAAGAAGUGUUCCAUUUGAACAGGCAGUACGCAUCCUUCAGGAUGACACUGCGUGUGACAUCAUUAAAAUAGGGUCUCUAGUGAGAAACAGAGAGAGAUUUAUAAAAAGAAGACAAAGACUCAUUGGGCCAAAAGGAUCCACUCUGAAGGCUCUGGAACUGUUAACAAACUGUUACAUCAUGGUUCAGGGGAACACUGUUUCAGCUCUGGGACCUUUUAAUGGGCUAAAAGAGGUUAGAAAAGUGGUCCUGGACACUAUGAAGAAUAUUCAUCCCAUAUAUAACAUAAAGACUCUCAUGAUUAAACGGGAGCUGUCAAAGGACCCUGAACUAAGAACACAAAGUUGGGAACGAUUUUUGCCUCAGUUCAAACACAAGAACUUGAACAAACGCAAGGAGCCAAAGAAGAAAAAUGUUAAGAAGGAGUACACGCCUUUCCCACCUCCGCAACCAGAAAGCCAGGUUGAUAAAGAAUUGGCAAGUGGUGAAUACUUCUUGAAAGAAAGCCAGAAGAAACGAAAGAGGGUGGAAGAGAUAAAGGCAAAACAAGCAGAAGCCAUUAGUAGGAGACAAGAGGAAAGAAAUAAAGCUUUUAUCCCUCCCAAGGAAAAGCUCGUUGUAAAACCUAGAAAAGCUUCUACUGAAACAAAAAUUGAUAUUGAAGCAAUCAAGGAAAAGGUGAAGAAAGCAAAGAAAAAGAAGCUGGGAGCACUUCCAGUGGAAGAAGUUAAAUUAAAAAUUGCAGCAGAUGAAAAGAAAAAGAAGAAGAAGAAAUGAUUUGCCAGCUGGAACACUUGCAUUUCUUUUACACUUGCAAAGGAACUGUUUUCGUACUUUGAAGAUUUAAGACUUGGGGUUAUCAGCGUUGCUAUACUGCCAGUGAACACUGAUGAAAAGAUUCAAAAACACGUUUGUGACAAAGAGAAUAUGUUGGGGAUUUAUGGACCUAAAUAAGCAGUGUAAAAUCUUUGGAGCUUGAAAAGAAAAUCAUUUGGUAUCCUCUGUCACAUCAUAAACAACUGAAAAGGUACAAUAGUAUCUUUUCACCAUUCACAUCAUAUGUGUGAGAGCGAUUAGGAGUUUUAAACCUUACAUGAAGGUUUUCAGUAUUGCAUAAUACAAAAAGCAAGUUGUGGAAGGGUUGGUACAGAACGCUAAACAUUAGGCCAUAAGAAUUUGACAGGAAUAUGUUAGGGGAAGGGGAUUGUUUGUUUUGGGUUUUUUUGAAGAAACGUUUCUCUAACAGACUGACACUGUAUAACAAGCUUCAGAUAUGGAGAUGUUAAAUCUGAUAACUUUUGUAAAAGCAACCAGUUGUAUUUUUAUAUAUUAUAUGUCAUUCUGUUUAUCAGAGCUAAUAUUUAUUU